AUGGCACCAUUGACACCAUAUAGCUAUAUCCAAUGCCCAUGCUCCGAUUCUAGCCCGGCAGCCGACAGCUCGGCAGCCAAAGGAGAGCCCGACGAUGAUCGAACUUUUGACCCAAGAGCUCCCCGCGCGAACUACAGUCUCUACCCCCUUGAGUAUCUUAACUACUGCGAAGACUGCCAUCAAAUACGAUGCCCCAGAUGUGUCAACGAAGAGAUAGUCACAUAUUACUGCCCUAAUUGCCUCUUCGAGGUACCCAGCAGCAACCUCAAGAGUGAGGGUAAUAGAUGCACAAGAAGCUGCUUCCAGUGUCCAUGUUGCAUUGGGCCUCUUGCUGUGACGAGCCUAGAAACACCCCCCGAUCGAAGUCUUCUCGCUGCUGAAGGUGCCGCCCCUCCAGCCGGACCAUACAUUCUCAGUUGCUCCUACUGCCAAUGGAGCUCUGCCGAGAUUGGGAUCAAGUUCGAUAAGCCGAAUGGAAUAUACCAACAGCUCGCCAAGAUCAACAACGGAGGACAGGCACGUCUGACCGCCAAAGAGUACAAGGAACGCAGGAAAGACAAGGAGGCGUGGGCUGAAACACCGCUGAAGAGCGAGGAUGUUGACCAUGAGCUUCACUUCGCGCAACUCAAGACCUUUUACCAAACCCAACUGGCGAAUUCGAAUCCCCAGGCGGCGGGCCUGUCGUCCUUCAGUGACCUGGGCAUUGCGUCUCCAGGGUCUCUCUCACGCAUCAUGAGCAUCUAUACGGGCACACACACCAGCCACAAACAGUCGCGGAGCAAGAUACCCAUCAUGCGCGAGGCGCUUGACCUGGAUGAUGGUCUGAAGGUUGCCAACCUGGACGAUUCAGCCCGUAUCGCGCAGCUGCGCGAGUCCACGGUCGACGACACGGUCACAGCCGAGCAAAACGCAUCCCAGCCCACACCCGUCCGCUUCGCCUCCGAGCUCCGCCCGAUUCCCUACCUUCUACGCACGAAGCGAUCCAAGCGCUGUCCGCUCUGUCGACACAUUAUCAGCAAGCCCGAGGCCAAGAUCUCCAACACGCGCUUCCGUAUCCGCCUCGUCGCGGGGAGUUACAUCCCCACCAUUUCCAUACGGCCGCUUCACUCCGAAGCUGGUAACAUUCCCUCAGCGAUGCGGCCUCCUGUGCCUCAGGAGCUCUGGCUCGCGCCCCUCAAGCCGGCGCAGUACCUUCUCACGUUCAAGAAUCCCAUUUUUGAGGCGGUCAAGGUGACCCUCGCGACACCGGCGAAAACGCCGGGACGAUUCCCCAGCACUGUGACGGUGCUGUGCCCUCAGUUCGAGAUUGACGCCAACACCGACAUGUGGGACGACGCGCUCAAAGGCGAGGAAAGGCGGCGCAGGGGCGAGGAGGGGGCUGCAGGGCAGCAGCAGCCCGAGCCGGGCAAGAUCUGGGAAAGGGGGCGGAACUGGGUAAGCGUGGUUGUGGAGGUCGUGCCGGCCUCGUUGAGGCUGGAUCUCGUGACGGCGGGUCCAGACGGCGGAGAGCCCGACAGGAACCCACUGAAGGAGGACGAGGAUGUGCUGGAGAUACCCAUGUUUGUGCGGAUUGAGUGGGAGGCUGAGGCGCAGAACGAGGUGGGCGCAGCGCCCGGCAAGGAGAAAGAGGCCAAGGAGAAGCGCGAGUUGGCAUAUUGGUGCGUACUCGGGGUGGGAAGGAUAAGCCAGACAUAG